AUGUCAAAAGUGAAAAGUAUUGUUGAAUACUUCAAAAGAAGUAUGGUUGGCUCUGAAAAAUUAAAUCAAAUGCAACAACAGUUAGGUUAUUCCCCUGUACGUUCAAUGAUUCAAGAUGUUGUUACCAGGUGGAAUUCUACUUUUUUUAUGUUUCAACGAUUUUUAGAAUUAAAAACACCACUGCUCUCUGCGUUAGCUGAUUUGAACCACGACAAUAACUUGACAUCUAAUGAUUGGGAAAUAAUAGCUAAGUCGUGUGAUAUAUUAAAACGGUUCAAUGACCAUCGAAAUGAGCAGUGA